AUGUUUCAGGAUUUAGGUCUACAUUAUAAACAGGGACCUGGUGUUCUAGAUGUGUCAGUCUACAGUCCCUACUGGAUGAUCAAUAAAACUGAAAAAUUACUUCAAUACAAGGCUGGUGACGAUGACCCAGUAGAUCAUCCAUCGGACCUCAAGGAUAUUGUCAUGUUUUCAUUCAAGAAGAAUUCUUUGUUCUCUAAGAAAAAGGAGGACACCUUGGAUAGAAAGAAGGACACAUUGGAUAGAAAGAAAGACACACUAGAGAGAAAGAAAGAUGCAAAGAAACAAAAAGUGAAGGAAAUGAAACAAAGUGGAAAAGUAUGUUAAGAAUGGCA